CCUAAACUCUGGAUUAGGUUUUUUUGUACGACUAGAGCUUUUGUGAAGAAGAUCUUUUGCGGUUGAUGUUGUGCAUGUUUCAAGAGGUUGACCACGCGGAAGGUGAGGUUGACCUAAUUUAGCUAUCGCUGUCAUGUUGUCUAGUGCGUAAUUUGUGCCGUUUAAUUUGAUAUUUUGUUGCGUGCAGAAGACCAUUUGGUCGACCCUUAUCUCAAUCAAGUUGGCCUCUGUUUGACAAUUGCUAGAAAUUGAAUUUAGGGCACAACACUCGUAAUUUUGUACUUGCGAGGUACGGAAGAUCAAACCUUUAGGUCGACCUAAUAUUUGUUGAGGUCGACCGUUUCUAUUUAUUUCGGUUGUUUAUCAUGAAUGUCAACUUUGGCUUUGUUUGUAAGACUACGUUAUGCUUAAAAGGUCGGCUGAUCAAUGUGUCUGGUUGACCUAUCAGUUGUUUGUGGUAGUAUUACACAUGUUUUUGUUGAUAAAUUGGUAUUUUCCUACUGGAUAGGUGGACCUACACAGAGCAAAGGUCGACCUAAUUGGUUCUGGUAGAGACAAAUUAUGACUUGAAGGUCGACCUAAAAAUAAAUCAGGUCGACCGCAUCUCUGUUGUUGGUCAUUCAUACAAAAUUGAAGUUGAAUUAUGAUUUGCAUUUUUCUUUAAAUUGUAUAGACGAUGGCGCAUGAUGAGAAACAACAACACGAUGAGGGUGAAAUCAUGAAAGUGUUGAAAGUCACACAAGAGUAGCUGGUGGUGUGUCAAAAAGUCUUCAAUGACUAUCAGAAGUCCAUUCGUGAUACACUGGAGCAAUUGUCAGUUCGAUUGACAGAUAUGACUGGGAUGAUGCAUGAUGGUUUUGAGAGGCUAGAAGGUGCUAUCAAAGAAAUACGUGCAAAACAAAUGGAGAACGGAGGAAGAGAUGGUACAAGAAAGAAAUUUGACUUUGAUGAAGAGGAGGAAGACCAUGAUGACUCUGCAAAUUGCUACAAGAGCAUAGACGAUUUAUUGAAAGACCACAAGUUAAAAGUAGACAUGUAUAUUCAUAUGUGAGUGGAGAUAUUAGUAUUAGUAUCAUUAAUGCUAAUUUGUUUUGUUUAUAUGACUGACAGAGUGAAACAACGUUUGGUAGCAAUGGUUCAUCUCCUAAGUACAAGAAACCUCAAUAUGAAAGUGACUCCUACACCACUCCACAGAUUGAUCAUUUACUAAGAAAAGGAAGCGACGAAGAUGAAUCUAAUUAAGAGUCCUUUCGAAAAGCACAGAGUAAGUUUACAUUACAUAUUCAUCUAUAAUGUGUGUUUGUUUUCAUAUGUAACUUAUUAUUUUUACUAUGAUUUGUAGGUCAUGAAAGUGGAGGGCCUAGAAGGAUUCAUAAAAAAUUUGCAAAAUCCAGUUAAGGACUUGGUUUAUGUUGUUACUAAAGAGAAGACUGGAGACACGAAUUGGGACAAGUAAGAAACGCAUUAUUUUUUAAAAGUAGUAUAUGUGGUCGACCGUAUCGACAAUGAGGUCAACCACGUCUUCCUAAACAGGUCGACCUUGUUUGUGAAUAGGUCGACCGAUAUUGUGCAAAUCACAAUAGACAUUUAUGUUAUUUUGGUGUUUGUAGUUUAACCGUUGUUGACUUUUUUAACGAAAACGUGCAACGGAAAUAUUUGAGUUCGGUCAUUAGCGAGAGUAGCUGGGUUUGCUCAUCCGUAAGUACUAUACUGCUACGACUUUCGUAAGAAUUGUGCACUAUUUAUGUUAUGAUUUACGAGAAUUUUGUGGUUGAUUGUUGGUUGGUAGGUAGUGGAUUUGUGUGCAAGGGCACUAACAAUGUCUGGAAAAACAUUACAAUAAAGAGCCAAAUGUGUGGUAUUUUCCUAAUAAGUUUUCGGUAAGAGCCAUAAUUUUUAUUUUUUGUCAUAACCAAGUUAUUAAUAUUGUAUCAUGUCAAUUAAUCUCAAUAAAAAUAUGGUGAAGAAAAUGGUACGCACUAACAUGAAGACCGGACAAUUCAUAACAAGUUGAUGGAUGAUGGUGUGGUGUUUAUGCCGAAUGUUAGUGCCUGCAGGAAGGUUAGUCAAUGUCCCUAUCUCAUUAAGCUUCGAAAGUGCAUUUGUUUGCAUUCGCUUUUUAUAACAUAUAAUGACUUUUUCAUUGCUAGAUAUUUAUGCUAGUUCUGGACGAUGAAUCACGUCAUUGGUUUCUUUAUCUCGUCAAUGUCCAGCAAAAAAUCGCAUUUUUGCUUGACAGUCUACCUUCAACUAGUGAGGCGAGUCUUAAGCAUAAAUCAAACCACUGUAAGAAAUUGGUAAGUAUUUCCUGUAAUUGUCUGAAUACUAAGUGUCACGUAUACUGCUGGAAGCAUAUAAUAUUCGUUAUUUGUGUGUGGUUGUCCAAAUUGCAUGAUAUUUUCAAACUGGAGCAAUGAUGAAAAGAGGUCGACCCAUUCAUUUUUUGUCUCGUUGGUACAUCCAAAAUUGUGAUUUGUCGAUGUUUUUUACUUGUGCUUGCAAACAAAGGUCGACCUAUUUAUGUUCUGUUUUGUUUAUGCAUGUAGUGUAUAGGUCGACCGGUUUGGGGACAGGUCGACCGAGUCUGGUUGGUUUCGUCCUUUGUCUAAUGCGAAUUGUCGCUUGUUUGAUCUCAGGAUGUUUCGAGGGAAAAAGAAAAGAAAGUAUAAAAAAAACGGCUGCCUCAAGUUUUGAAUGGGAAGAGUUCAACCCUACUCUAUUCCAGACCAAGGAGCAAACUGACAAAUAUGAGGAGAGGAUAAUGCACAACCGCAAGGUGGCUCAUUGAAAGCCAUUGACGAACGGCGAAUUCUCAUUUCGAAGAUUCCGGGUUCGUUGCACAAUUUGUGGAGCAAGAUUGUCUGAAGGUGAUAUCUCUCAAUGUACCAUACUAUCCAAAAAUGAUACAGUACUUCUACAACAACAUCGUCUAUUAGCCUAAUGCAAAUGGAUCGAUUCAUGCUUUUAAAAGGGGCGGAGAUGCAUAUCACCAAGAGAUGUGUUGGCAUAAGUAUUAGAGACUCCAAACCAGGGGAAGAGAAUCAAUUCUUAUAGUGCUUGGAAUGAAACUCAUUUCUCGAGAACCAAGUAAAUUCAGACUGUAUGUGGUCUUGUUGAAGAGUAAGAUGUUCAGGAUCGCAGUAGGCCAAUGAUUCGCCAGCUCACAGUUCACCCCAGAGUUCUUCACCCCAGAGUACUUCGACAUGGAGCUCCUCAACAACCUACUUUCAAAUGAGAAGGUGAACUUGUCAUACUUGAUCUUUAAACACAUGCUUGCUGUUGCAGAGAGUUAAACUAGGAAUCUCCCUCAUGGGAUGAUACUGACUUUGCUAUUUGAGCAUUUUGGUGUGGAUUUAAGUGGUGAGGUUGGCUUAAGAAUCACAAGGAAGGAGUUCUAUACAGUUUCAUACCUAAAAAAGAUGGGAUUUGAGCUGCAUAGUGGUGAGUAUGUUCGAGCAUACAAUCAUUAUGUAGUCCAUGGUGGUGAUGGUGAUGAUGAUGAUGAUGAGCCCAGAGACGAGCCAAUGGCGCAGCCACAAAGUUCAACUCCACUAGUCACCUUAGAGCAUAUAUGGGAGCGCAUGGAUGACAUGUAUGACUACAUGAGACAGAUGACCACCCAGAUGAGUACACUGCAGGUUUCUGCAACAGAGAUGCGAGAUGAGUUUCGAUCUUUCAGUAGAAGAUACAUGCAUCCCACCACAUCUGACUACUAUCAUGCUAGAACCACCAAUGAGGAAAAUGCGGAUGAGUGAGAGACGGGAGAGGUGUAGGAACUCGACGAUUUAAGAUACUAUGUUUUUUUUAAGUCUUAAAGAUGAUUGUGGAUUGAUAUUAUGUGGUUUUCGAUUUUAGGUAUGUGUGAACAAUUAUGAGGUGUGUUUUGUUUUAAGUUGUUAUGUUAUGAAGUUAUGAGUCCUUGCUAUCAUGAUUUACGAAUGAUUCUGUUGGUUUAAAACAUUAUUUGUACGAGUAAAAGAACCACUCACAUCGACAUAUGUAAGCAAAAAAGACCCAGGUCAUAGGAUGAUUUUCCUAUAUUAGGUUGAACUCUUACUAUAUUCAGUCGACCACGAAACCAACACUUGAUCUUCAUUUAACGUCAAAGGGGGAUGGAUAGGAUAUAACACUUUACUCUUCUAUCUGGUCGACCUCUGUCUGUAUAUGGUCGACCAUUUUGGUAAUGACCGCCAUCAAGUGGUCGACCUACUUACUUUUACGGUCCACCAUUUUGCUUCGGACUGCAAUGAAAAGGGCGAUCGAUA